AUGAGCAUCUGCAUCCACGUGGUGCUGCUCAGCGGCCGUCAGGCGCCACUCCACGUGUCGCCUCAAAGUCAAGUGCGCGAGCUGCGUGCUGCAGCGCAGCGGCAGAUGCAGGUGGGCAUUGCUUCCUUGGUGGCCAGCGGUGAAGUGCUGCAGGAGAAUAGCAGCUUGGAGUUGGCUGGGCUGCACGAUGGCGAUUCUGUGCAGGCCGUUGCUCGACCCCAUGGAGUGUUGGCGUCCAACCGCUAUUCACGGGCCUUCGCGUACGUGGAGGCGGCCUCGGGAUCGGUGACGAGCUGGGGAUCGGCAGCAUAUGGUGGUGAUCCACCCCCUGCCAUCAAGGAGCAGUUGGUCGAUGUGCAACAGGUGCAACAUGCCGCCGCUUUCUUCCAAGCUGGAGCCUUUGCGGCUCUCAAGGGCGACGGCUCUGUGGUCACCUGGGGUGAGACAGCGUUUGGCGGCGAUUGCAGUGCACGGCAGGCAGAUCUCCACAAUGUGGAAGCUAUUCAAUCCACCCUCUAUGCCUUCGCUGCGAUUCGCUCCGACGGCGCGGUCGUGACCUGGGGCGAUCCACACAACGGCGGUGACAGCAGUCAGGUGCAAGCCUUGUUGCAAGGUGUCAUUCGCAUCCAAGCCACAGAGAAGGCCUUCGCCGCGCUACGACGGGACGGCGCGGUGAUCUGCUGGGGUGACGAGUUGCGCGGAGGCGACGGUCGCAGUGUGGAGCUGCAGGAGGUUGAAGCCAUCCAAGCCAGUGCCGGUGCCUUCGCCGCGGUCCUUGGCGGCACCGCGUCCGGCACGGUGAAAUCCUGGGGCGACCCUGCGGCGGGGGGCGACGCUCGCUGUGUGCAGGAGCAGUUACGAAACGUGCAGCAGAUCCAGGCGACCUCCGCUGCCUUCGCUGCAAUCCGCCACGACGGCUCUGUAAUAACCUGGGGCAACGAACGGCGCGGAGGUGACUGCUCUUCGGUGCAGGAACACCUACAUGAUGUUCAACAGAUCCAAUGCACCAGCGGUGCCUUUGCAGCGUUGCGCGGUGAUGGACGCGUCUAUACCUGGGGCGACGGCGCGAGGGGCGGAGAUUGCAGCUCAGUACAGCAGCAAUUGCGCGAUGUGCAGCAAAUCCAAUCCUCGUUGAGCGCCUUCGCAGCCGUUCGCCGCGAUGGUUCCGUGAUCACCUGGGGGGAUGCCGUACGCGGUGGCGACAGCAGCCAGGUGCAAUCCGAUUUGCGAGAUGUGCAGCAAAUUCAGGCCUCUGGUGCUGCCUUCGCAGCGCUCCGUGGCGAUGGCAAGGUGGUGACUUGGGGCGACAGCGCCAGGGGUGGAGACUCAAGUCUGGUGCGUGGGCAGCUGGUGAAAGUGCAACAGAUCCAGGCCUCCACGUCCGCCUUCGCGGCUCUUCGCGCCGAUGGCGUCAUCAUCGCCUGGGGCGCGCCGGAUUGUGGAGGCCACUUCCGUGGCGUGGACACAGCCACAGGGAUCCGCCCUUCGUCCUCCACCUUCCGCGCGCGCGUGCGCGUGAAGUGUUUGCUGAUUGGUGCACACGACCAGGAAUUCUUUAGCACCUGGGCGGAAUCCGCGUUUUCGGCGACCACUGGGCAGCAACCGCCCAGUGCUCCUGCGUUGAUCGCGGCCUCGGUGCGCUACGAAACGGAAGUCCUGCAGAGUUGGAAUCCGCUGGACGCCAAUGACCUGGGACCUGAUUGUAUCUUCGAGUCCUGGUCGGUGCAGAUCCGCGAGCUGGGUACGUCGGUGUGGAUUUCCGUGACCACCUGUGGGGCGAAUGCGGAGUGCCUCAUCCAGAAUUUGAAGUGCAACACCGACUACGAAGUCCGAGUCGCGGCCAUUUGUCAGGGGCAGACUCUGAUGGGCGAGUACAGCUACAGCAGCUUCAGCACGACUACAGGGGAGAAAUGUUUACGUCCCGCACAAACUCCCUCGACACCCAGCGUCACAGCGGUUGGGAACAGCAGCGUCACAGUCAUGUGGACCGCAGGCGACGCCAUGGAGUGUGUCUUCGACUCCUGGCUGGUGCAGUUCCGCGUCACUGACGCGGCGACGUGGCAAAGUCAAGGCUGCAGCUCUUCGCGUGAAAACUCACUUUGCACCGUGGAAAGCUUGAGAUCUGCCACUAGCUACGAGAUCAGGAUCCAGGAAACUUGCAAUGUGAGUAGCACGAACUCGGAGUGGAGUAACGUGACCUUUGCCACAACCUUGGGAUUGCCCGCGCAAGUCUCAGGCGUCACAGUGGAGGUGCUGUCGUACGACAGCGUGCAACUGUCGUGGUCGUUGCCCACCUUGAACGAUUGCGACUCGUUGAAGCGGCGCUGCGCUGCGUGCUGUGGCUGGCACAAGCGCUUGGCAGGAUGUGAUCUGUCAGGUGAAACCAGCUGUAGAGUGUCAGCCUUGCCUUCCAACACAGCGUUGACCUUCCAGGUUCGUACCCUCUGCGGGAACGAUCAGGUGCUGAACAGCGAUUGGAGCGAUGCAUCGUUGCCCACAUCCACCUGGCCAAGGCCAGCCGCAGAACUGGACCUACCAACUGCUACAGUGCUGAGUCACGACACUGUGGUACUCACCUGGCUAAGGCCUGCCACGAACGACUGCAUUCUGCAGGGUUACCAGGUGGAGUUGUAUGAUGGAGCAUGGCGUGCAGAUCCAUCUGGUUGUGCCGCAUUGACUCAGAGUGCCACAGGUUGCACACUGACGCACCUCGCAUGUGACACGGAAUUCCAGGCUCGUGUCAGUGCCCGAUGCUCUGAUCCAUUGGCCAACAGUGGCACUGGCAAUGCCACAGUCUUCAGGACGACUGCAGGUGCUGAGUGCCUGAAAAGUGCCACGCUGCCGCGGGGAUUGCUGCUGAUCAGCAGCGCGGUAGGUCAAUUGACCCUCACAUGGGAGGCUGGUGAUGCGAACGAUUGCACCUUUGAUUCCUGGGACGUGCGGCUGAAUACUUCGGACGGUCAAUCAGCUGCAAGCUGCCACCUGUCUGCUCGGAACCUCACCUCCUGUACUUUCUCCAACUUGGCUGAGAAUUCCACUUACCUGGCCUCGGUACAGGAGAUCUGUUCGCAAUCUUUCCUGUCUUCUUUGAUCGCUCGAAGUCUGCCGGCGACCACCUUAAGUGUGCCAGUUCCAUCCGUGGUGCUUCAGCUGCCCUUUCCAGAUGAACCCGUGAGCAGUCGACCUGCAGAGCUCACUGUGAUGUACGAUGUUGAUGUGGAGUUUCCUGUGGGAGGGCUUCUGAAUUUCUGGCUUUGGCCGAAGAAGAGCAUGGAGGCUGAUGGGCCAGAUGGAAGACUCAUGGUGUCCCCAGGCAGUGUCCGCGGUGUGGUCUCAAAGCUGGUCGAGCUGAGUCGCAGGCACUGCAUCCGGAAAUGUCGCGAGCAAUGCAAACACGACAGGGCCAUCGUUUGUAAAGGUCGCAAGGGUUUUGGUCUGGCCCUCUUUGUCUUCACCUACGACCAACGGAUCCCCACGAGUUUAUGGGACGCCUACACCGUGCUGUGUCGUGGACUGACGGUGGUCCUGCGCUUACCUGAGCACUUGAAGUCUUUGGAGGACGGCGCCUCGUUGGACCUGGGCCUUCUGGAUGCGGCCGCGCAGGAUCCCACGGCGCCGUUGGAGGUGGUCGAGUGUAUGCCCAAGUUCUUCGAAAGCGACCCAGCGACAGUUCAAGGGCUCAAAAGUUUCAGUCCCGACGACCUACAACUGGAGGCGGUCUUGGAAAAGGUGGAUGGCUCCUUGGGGUUGCUGCAUCCUGCCCGAGAUCCUGAGACUUUGGAAAUCAUCGACGGGUUGCCAUUGCUUUCCUCCAAGUCGGUGGGCUUCAGCGAGGAUAUCUCAAAGGUCCGGGGCAUGUUGGAGGAGAAGCAUCCGAACUUCUGUUUGCCCAAAGGCGUGACGUCCCUCAUUGUGGAGGUGGUGAGACCUGAAGUUCAGGUUUGCGUACCAUACAGUUACCAAGGUUUUCGUCUACUGGCAGUUAUGAAGGAUGGUGCCUGGCUGACAGAGGAUGCUGCUGAUGUCAUGUCCAAGGAGUUGGGAAUGGAGCGCCCAAAGCGCCUGAGUUUUGAGGCCUUAAAACCUGGAGGAUAUGGUGCGGGAGAAGCACCCACACUGAGCGAUGUCAUGGCAAAGGCAGAGGCCUAUGUCAUGAGCGACAACCCCCACGACUUGGAGGAGGGUUGGGUGGUGGUGAUGAAAAACGGCCUGCGGCUCAAGGUGAAGACGGAGGUGUAUCACAUGAUCCACGGCUGGUGGUCUGGGAACAUCUCCGUCAAAACGCUACGACCACUCUUCGAAGACGCGCGCAUCGCAAACGUCUCCUGGGAGACGCUGCGGAUGUGUUUGGUGGGCCGAUGGCGAGGACGUCGCCCGGAGCAGAUCUACGACGAGCUCCGCUGCCUCCACGGACUGCUGCGCCGCUUCCACGGCGUCUGCGUCGACGCAGCGCGAUCCACGCUGCGGGAGACGCGCGGCUGGCGGCUGGAGCGGCUGGCGGAGUUGGGGAGCGCUGGGAAAGUGGUGGAGUACAUUCGCAAUCAGAGAGGAUGGUUUGAAGAAAUUCCUGAUGAAGUGGACCUGGAGAGCCUUCCAGUGACGUUUGAUGCCCUACACUACGAUGAGGUGCCAUUCGAGAGCAUCCGUGAAUGUCUUUGUGGUCCCUGUGCAACCGAGAAGCGCAACCAGAACGCCGAUGCCCUGAAGGCCCUUCUAGAUCAACUUCGACCGAUCUACGAGGAAUGCAAGAAGGAUGCACGACAGGCUCUUCGUGAGACCCGCAACCAAUCCUUGAAGGAGUUGAAGAACCACUCCAUGGCAAAAGUCUUUCAGGUGCUUCGUGGACGACGAGGAUGGGUCGACGCCAUCCCAGAGGACGUGGAUGUGGAUGCCCUUGAAAUCUCAAGCGAGGCAGUAAGGUUCCUCUUCCUCCCGCGUGCGGAGCGCGCAGAACGUGAGCUGCAGGGCAUUCUUGAUGCGGCGGCCCUGGAGCACCUGGAGACAAAGCCCCUGCGCGCAGUCCUGAUGUGUUUGGAGGUGUUGCCAAAGAAAGCGACAUUGAAGGAUUUGGAGGCGGAUCUACAGAAGCCCAUUGCUGAGGAGCACCGAAAUCGCUGCAGAUCUGCGGAUGAG